UUCCAACCGUCUGAUUAACCGGUUGUCAUUCUCAGAACUGGCGGCAAGCGCCAGAAAACCAAAGCUCCCCUCGCCAAAUAACCCCAUCCUUCUUCCAUGUCCGUUCUUCCUCCGAAUCGCCAAAACAUAGAAGAUGCCUUCUUGCUUCCUCGCCAAGUACAAUGGCGAGAGAAACCCUAGAGUUUUUCGUCGCAGCUCUAGGCUCUACCAAGGCUCCCAACCCCACAGCUUGCAACCUCCAAUUCAUCCGUCUCGUUGGCUCCGGCAUCGGAAUCCUUGCCUUCAAGCUCCUUCCAGUUUUCAUCGACCAUGGUAUCCCCGCUCAUCUUCCAUCUCUCAACUCCAUCGUCGCAUUUCUCUGCCGCCUCAGCCAGCCCCACGCCGCCGAACGCCUUUUGGCCACAUUUCCCAUUCUCGGCUGUUCUCCCGACCUCGUUACCUUCAACUCUCUCAUCGACGGCCACUGCCGUGCUGGAAAUCUCUACCGCGCGUCUUUGUUAGUGGUCCGCCUCCGGUGCUUUGGCCCACUGCCCGAUGCCAUCACUUAUAAUGUUAUGAUGGGCUCCUUGUUCAAGCAUAAGUUGCCAAACUUUGCUCUUGGGUAUUUGGGUUUGAUGUGGAAGUCCUGUUUGCCCAACGUGAUCACGUAUGGGAUUCUUAUCGACAUGUUCUGCAAGCUGGGCGAUCUUGAUUCAGCGCACUCUGCCAUGAAUGACAUGAGAAUGUCCGGAAUCUCUCCAAAUCUGGUUGCCUUUACUUGUUUGAUCGAUGGGUGCUGCAAGAAUGGUUGUUUGGAUUCUGCACUCAAACUGUUCGACAGUAUGCAGGACCUGUCACUGUUUCCAAAUGUUGUUACUUGUACUGCUCUUAUUGAUGGGAUUUGUAAAAAAGGAAUGAUGGAGAGAGCAGAGCAGGUUGUUGCAAAGGUGCGUAAGGAAGGGAUUGAAGCAAAUGCUGUGAUUUACACUUCAAUGAUGGAUGGAUACUUUAAGAAAGGUGAUUCAGUAGCUGCAUUGAGAUAUUUGAGUAGAAUGACAGUCGCUGGAUUGAACCUUGAUAUGAAGGGUUAUGGAGUUGCUAUAUCAGGACUUUGUAGUUGUGGUAGGCUGGAUGAAGCUAUGGAGAUGAGAAAGGAUAUGGAAAAGGGCGGCCUUUUUCCGGAUAAGAUUAUUAUGACUGCUCUGAUGGAUGCUUGUUUCAAGACUGGGAAUGUGGAAAAGGCUUUGGAUUUGUAUGGAGAGAUGUUAGAGAAAGAGUUACAACCAGAUGUCUUUACUGAUGCAGCACUUAUGGAUGGGCUCUGCAAGCAUGGGCUUUUAGAGAAAGCAAAAGUGUAUUUUUUGAAAGCUAAAAGAAUCAAUGAGGUUUCUUACACUAUUCUCAUUGAUGGGCUAUGCAAGGAAGGAGAUAGAAAAGAGGCUGAGAAGUUAUUUUUAGACAUGGAGGCGGCUGGUUUGGUUCCAGACAAGUACAGCUACACAUCACUGAUUGCCAGAUUUUGCAGAGAAGGUGAUGUUUUGGAAGCUUUCAAACUGAAAAAAACAAUGCUUCAUAAGGGAGCAGAGGCUGACUUGCUAACUUACAGCACGCUUAUCUGGGGCCUGGCCUCUAAAGGUCUUAUGAUAGAAGCACGAGAGGUCUUUGAUGAUAUGGUGAGAAGUGGAAUAGCUCCUGAUGUGGUUGUUUAUGAUAUCUUGGCUAAAGGCUACCUGAAACAGAAUGAUACUACUUCAAUCUUGAAUUUAAUGGGACAUAUGAAGAAAUCUGGACUCUUCAUAAAGGAGGUUGAAAAGUUAAAGAGUUAUCCAAAUGGAUAGUUUAGUAAUUUCACUUGAUUAUUGAAGUAAGUUAUGCAUUACGAUAGAGUUCGUUGCAUCUUUUUGAUAUGAUCAGUUGUCUCAUUUGCUAUUUUGUUAGAUGAGGUUGACAACAUCGUCAAGUUGGGUAGGCUGCUUUUAUGAAAGGCUUUAUGUCUGCAUCGAGUAAUCUGAAUUUUUUUGCAAAUGUUAUCCCCACGGUAUGCUACUGCGUGCAUUUGACAAGGAAACCAACUCUUUUAUCCUAAAGAUGAUACAUGCGUAUACUUCAACACAUUCUUCAAUCACAGACUGCAUUUCAAUUAUACUAUAUUAACAUCAUGUGCAAAAUAUAUGGAUGAGAUGAAAUUAGAAUUAGGAAUUUGGCGUGGGUAGUAUUUCCCAUCAACAUAAUUUGAUUAUCAUCUUGUGCCGCCUUUUGAGCAAUAGUAGUCCUGCUAUAAUAGUCUCUACAAUUUUAACGAUUUCUUUGUUUUGGAUUUUAUGAUUUUCUUUGUUGUAAGACCAGAUGCUUAUAAUUUUUUUUGCAAUAAGU